AUAAGUUAAUCAAAACAACCCUUGGGUCUGGCUGGCUGGCUGGUCUGGUAGCUGAUGGUUUGCCGCAAUAAUGCACCGGAACAUGGAGAUUCGUCACAUGGCCUUCCAUCUGGAAACGUUGGCGCACAUCCUGGACACCAGCGAAGGUUGGCGAGACUUUCUGUACAUGAUUCCAAGGAACCUGGACGACCUCUCCAAGGAGGAGUACGCGCUCAAAUAUACCGGACUGAAUGAGAGCAUUCUCGAGACGGAAAGUCAAAAAAGCAACAGUUCUCCAGCCAAGCUACUCCUCGACGAGUGGGCUGUUUCCGGACAGGUGCGCCCAACGGUCGAGCAUUUGCUAACGCUGUUGGUGCGUGCAAAACAAAUCCGGGCCGCUGAAUACUUGACGACGCUGCUGAAGGAGAAACCUCCCGCCCGACCAAAAGAUGGCCCUGGUGCACCGAUAGACGUGACAUUGUCGGACGAUUAUCAAACGGAGUCGUUGCUAAACGGUAUAAGCUAUCCAAGCUCGACUAUCCUACAGAACAAUGUGGAAUCCGUGACGAUCGACAACAACCGGGACUAUUACGACAAAAUGUGCCCGAUGAAGCGGUUUGAAAUCAAGGAAAAGUCAUCGUCCAUUGCGGACGGAGAGUUGUUGGUGUUUUCGUCGAGCAACAACAAUACUCAUCCUGCCCCGGACGCACCCGACGUACGCAAUCCGGUGUUGAUGGAACGUUACGCCGACCAAGCUCCUGGGCCGUCCAGUCCAAGAAAACCGACAUUCAAGCCGCACAACACUCCCCUACCGGAGGGUCCGACAUCGGGCGAUAGACUGCCAAUGUUUUCGGCGCUGGGCAUCACCGCAGACGGUAACCAAUCACCGGCUGGGAAGCUGGAAUCUUCUAAACUGCAAAACAAUCGAAACUAUGAUCAUAUAGCGAACGAGGUCGUUGAUCAAUAUACCCCAAAUCUGUCCAUAUUUGGCCGAGCGGAAAGUGUGAAGGAAGACAACACAGCGCCAAGAGAGCAGCGGGAAGAUAUCCCGGCACUAUCGGCCUUGCUGGGACACGGGUCGGACGGCGCACAGUCGGAGAUCAGUUCGAAUAGUGCAAACAAUACUCAUAACAGCGUUCCAAUGCUGUCGAUGCUGGGUUCCGAUUCCAGCAGCACAGACUCACCGGAAAGUGAAGUCAGUUCUUCAGCGGUGGUGGUACCAUCCAGUGACGAUUCCGUUAGCGAUAUGAUAAAGUUUUCAGCGCCCGCCAUUACGGUUGCAGAAUUUUCUUACGAUCUGCUGUGUAACGCUACCGACAGCUUUAACCCGGCACCAUUCACUAACGGUAAUCUUCAGGCACCCGAUGGCCGGUCGAUUGGUGCCGGAGGUUUUGGGACAGUAUUUUUGGCGCUUCAACUCUCGUCCACCAUUCCCGUGGCAGCGGUCAAACGGCUCGAUCCAGACAAGUACAAGUUUCGGGAAAAAUUUCAACUGGAACGGGACAUUCUCUCGAACCAUUGUCACGCGAAUGUGGUCAGCUUGCUGGGUUCCAGUUCGGAUGGUCCGUAUCUGUGCUUGGUGUACGAGUACCUGAAGGAUGGUAACCUGGAAAUGGCUCUGUCCCUAGUACGACGAGGGCAGCGACAAAUGGAGGACAAAACGCGAUUAAAGUACCUGCAAGAUAUCGCCAAUGCAAUCGUAUUUCUUCACGAAAAAGCAAAAAUCAUUCACCGUGAUGUGAAAUCGGCCAACAUUCUGCUGGACGGUUCUGUUGCGAAGCUGUGCGAUUUCGGGCUAAUCAAACUGACCAGCUCACGGACCACGACCAGCAUCAUCGGUACGAAUGCGUACAUGGCACCGGAAGCGGUCCGUGGCGAUGUGUCACCGGCGCUGGACAUUUUUGCAUUCGGUAUCGUGAUUGCUGAAACCGUGACCGGCGAGCCGGUGCUGGCGGAGAAGGAAUCUCGCAGUGAAAUUGAUCUGGCGGGCUACAUAUGCCGUCAGCGAGCGGAAGGACGGGAUUUGAGUACGCUCGUGGACAGGCGUGCCGUUAGCAGCAUCGGCGAAGUUCAUUGGCGUGAAGCCGGAAGAAAGCUGCUGGAGAUAGCGAUAAAGUGUAUGGGCGAAAAGUGGAGCCGUCCAAGCAGCAGCACGCUAGCGGUCGCCGUUCGGGAUGUACGGCUGGUGUCUGCAUAGUGAGACGGUACGAAACGAGUGCAAUUAUGGUUAUGUAUCGAAGCGACAAUCGUGCAAUAUGGUUGCAAAAUCAAAUCAAAUUGAGGUAUAAGUUCUAUUGCAAUCACAAACACGCACAAGAAAUACUCUUAUCAGCUGAGGAUGCUGUUGAAAUCGAUGUGGUGCUCUUAAAUCCUUACAUAAAGUGUCCUUGCUAGCUACAGUAAGUUAGAAUAAUUGAUUCGAAACAUGUGAGCAUAUGGAAAAGAAAACCCUUGUAUAUCUGUUAAACAUUCCCAUGUAUACACAAUGUAAAGCAAUAAUUUGGUAAUGGUAUUGGCAAAUGGCCUUUUACAUCGUUCGAAUGUAAGCACCGCUAAUGGUUAGUCCCCUUUUAGACAAAUAAACACAGUUACACAAACAGCUGA